AGUAGAGUGCGCGACUCGUUGUUGUGAGGCCGCCGGCCGGCUAUGAUGUCUACGCUACCACCUGUCAGCGUCGUGGAAAACACUUUUCCCGAUUUUCCCGACACCUUCAAGGAGUUCUUCUCGAAGCUGAGCAGCGAUGAGCAGGACGAAAACGUCUCCGACCUGCUAGAGGACAAGCUGCUGCCUCGUAUGGUCAGUGCCAACAAUCGGCAGAGACAGCCACUUGAAAAGAGAUGGGCGAUGACACGCCGCUCGUUCCACCGACGGCCGAUGUCGUCAGCCGCGGGCGGGGGCGGCGGCGACCUGUCGCCUUCACCAGCGACGGCGCGACGUCGCUCGUCGAGCAUCGCAGUCGCGCGACAGACGCCCGACCUGCAUCGCUUCCUCGCCGCAGAACAGCAGCGGUCCCCCUGGGGCCACCUGGGGCCCCCCCCACUCUCCCGCACCCAGCGCCAGCCCCGUCGCCUCCCGCCCCGUCUCGCCACGCCCACGCACCAACAACAACUACCGCUGCCGCACCUCGUCCAUGCCCGUCGUUCCCAGACAAAAGCCGAUGCUGGGUCAGAUCAAGAAGACUGCGGUGCCUGCGCCCGACGCGGAUCAGAGCGGCGAAUACUACCGUCUGCGCAGUUUUUCCAUCACGCCAAACGGCAUCUGCAAUCUGGGCGACUCGUUCAAGUCGCGGAGGUCCAAGUCGAUCAGUUCGGUCAACUCAACUUGUUCCAGUACGACCACAAUGUCCAAUCGGGAGCGGGUGCCCAGCAAUGCGUCGCAGAUGAGUGGCUGCCUGUUUGAGGACGUGGAGGAGCAGCCAACGCCGGCGUUCAAGGUGGCCAUGUUGGGAGCGGCAGGCGUCGGCAAAACGGCGCUCACCUACCAGUUCACCACAUCCGAAUACAUUUGUGCCUACGACACGUCACUCGAUGAAGAGUUUGGACAAAAGACUGUGAGUGUUCUACUGGAUGGACAGGAGGCUGAGUUGGAGGUUAUCGAUCAUCCAGCAUCUGAAAUGUCUGUUGAAAGUUUUUGCUCAACAUACAAUCCAGAUGUGUUCGUUGUGGUGUACUCAGUGAUUGACCGGAAGAGCUUCAAAGUGGCGGAGGACAUGCUGCUCUAUCUGUGGAAACACGACUACAUGGCUUCCAAGGGUGUCAUACUUGUUGGCAACAAGGCUGAUCUGGAACGGAAACGAGAAAUACCGUUGGCUGUGGGCAGAAAACUAGCCAAUGGCUGCAGUUGUAAAUUCAUUGAAACAUCGAGUGGCUUGGAUCACAAUGUAGAUGAACUGCUAGUCGGCAUUUUGGCACAAGUGAAGUUGAAUCCGCGACGUGAUAGGGACCAGAUGCACAAGAAGCGGAAACGACAGAAGGUGCGCAUGGGAAGUGGAAAAAGGAUUCUAAAACAUUUGCUAGGUAUCAAGCGAAAAGCAAAAUCCUGUGAGAAUCUACUAGUGUUAUAAGGCUGCAGUGGACUGAUAGAAUACGUUCAUCAAAUCACUCUUCAUCUCUCAUGAAAUCAUCAACAUACUUGCAUAGCUCCUCUCUUCAUGAUCAUGAUAAUCAUUGUUUUUUUGUAAUGGUGAUAAGUAAGAUCUGAUUAUGAGAAUAAUAUUUCAAAGUUUCAGACUUGAAAAAUAUUUUUAUCAAUAUUGUACCUGAUCGAUAGUUUGGAUACAUUUUCUAGAUCAACGAUUAACAUUGUCAGUGAUCCUGUCAUGAAUUUCAUUCAUAAAAAUAUAAUAAUGAAAUUAAUCAAUUUGCAAUUUUUUAAUGUGUCAAACUGCGUUUAAAUAAGGUGUAGCCUAUAAUCACAAUACUGUAAAUAUAGUUUUGAAUGUAGAUAAUGAUGAGAUGUUUGAAUGAAAUAACUUAUAAUACUACCCUUAAACUUUUAUGUUAACUUCUUAGCAUGCAUUGCAUUGCAUAAUAAAUAAAUAUCGAGUGACCUGGCUGGCUCAGGUCUGGUGUCAGAGUUUCCAGGUCGCAACUGAUCAAUUCCAGGGCCUCUGACAUGACCUAACAACUGCUUUAUAGCCAGCCGGGGACCGACGACUUAACGUGCCCAUUAGAAACACGGGAGUGGCCCAAGAAAAAUAACUCGAGGCUGGGAUUCGAAACCGAGCCUCUGGAUUUUUAUUAUUUUUUGCAUAAUAAUCGAAAAUCGAAAUUACAAAAUUAAUACUAUCGCCAAUCACUGGUAAUGAUAAAGUCGUAAUUGGUAAAUGGAUUGACUUUUUGAAAAAAUGCAAUAUAAUGAUAUGUUUGUCAUACAAAUUCUCAUAUAUUUAUUAAGCAUAGAAUUACUAAACGAAUGGACAAAAUGCAAUGAAUUUACUAAUGAAUACAUGGAUAUAGAAGUGCUCGAUUAUAGUUCUCCUCACAUGACUUUGAAGAUGAGAUGACAAUAUUUAACACUUUUUUAAGCGAUCGCCGCCUCAUUUACCGCAGGCUGCGUAGUUGAGAUUGGAGCUGUUUUUUUUUUCAGUCAUCUCCAAAGUUUUGGUCCAUUGAUUAGAAAAUUUCGGAAAGUAGGCUGCACGAGUCUGAUAGCGUGUGGGAGGAGAAGAUGAUGAAGGAUUGGGGGGGGGAGUGUCUGGAGCAGAUUGAGGUUGAAAAAGUAGGAGUGAACAUUGAAAAAGAAGGAGGUGAUAGCCUCAGUCAUGAUGAGGUGAUUGAGUGAAGAAGGAAAAAGUUGGAAUCGGAAAACGCCCUGGAAGAAAUGGAGAAGCCUAAGAAAUCAAAGAUGAAAACGCUGACCCCAUUUGAAUGGUACCGGUGUACAGCACUGGCGUUGGGAAGAAGAAGAUGAAAUAAAGAAUAACAGGGAAAGAAGACUGAUAAGGAACAACUAGAAAAAGGUAGAGGGAAUGUUUCUUUGGUAACGUCGAUUCCCGGGGAAACAACGGAAGUCCUAGUAGUCCAGAUAUCGUGAGCAGACUUUCCAGUUCAAAUGAUGAUCACGCACUCUAUCAGCGUCCUCAUGAAAAAGUCAUUUGUUCAACUGUGCUUCUAAAUAAUGGAAAAAUUUAAGCAAACAUUUUUCAAAUUUUGCAAAAUUUAACUCACCCUAUACUUUCUCGAACACUACGAAAGAAUGAAUUGUUACCUCCUAUCAUGGAUGAUUUGCCCUUUAUAGUUAACCACUACACAUUUUUGAUCAUGAAUAUCUUUGUAUCAGAGACGUAAUAAAUAUUUCUUAUAUAUGUGGUUACCGAAGGUUACAGUACUUCAAGAUAAAUAGAUCUGUCAUAUACCUACCUUAAAGCAUAGAUUAAAUAAAGAAUAUUUACUUACUUUAUGCUUGAAGCUACGUUACAAUAGACUAUAGUAGGCCCUAUAUACGGUAGUAGGUAGUGAAAAUAGUUCUUGUAUCACAGGUAUUCAGUGUUUCUUCCACUCUUUUAUCACUGCAAUACACUGAUGAUCAUGAUGAACCUUCAAUAAUUUAUAGGUACCGUCUAAACUGAUAUUGAGCUAUAAGAUAUUUGUAAUAUUGAGUGAAUGAAAAUAUUGAUUUAUAUUGAGUGGAUAUAAUAAUUAUAAUUAUUAUUAUUAUCCAGUUCAUUUUGCAAAAAAAUACAUCGAAGAUUUAUUCCACUGAAAUAAAUGAAAUCUUAGGAAUAAUGAAGUCUUUAUUUUCUUCAGAUUUCUUCCAUUGAUCUUACCUACAGUAUAGUACCCAAAAUAUAGUAAUAUAGUUAAGCACCAAGCACACAUCGAUUUUUGUUCGU